AUGGUCCCUCUCAAGAUCACACCGGCCUACCACCGGGCCCUCGUCCUCGCCGCAUCCAUUUUCUUCCUAUCAAGCAUCUACCUCUGCAGCACCCGCCUGCUGAACAACAAGGCCAUGACCCCGGACCACAUCACCACCCCCGCCAAAGCCACCUCCACGAAACCCGUCUUCCUCAACGACGCCGAUCUCCCAAUGUCGUACGGCGGCUAUGACCGGCCGCCACUCACCGGCCUGACCCUCAUCGGGGUCAUCCCCCCCGAGUACAUCCCGACCCCCAAGAACAAGCGCCGCCUUGUCGUCGUCGGCGACAUCCACGGCAUGGACUCGGCCCUCGACGCCCUCCUCAAGGAGGCCAACUUCAACGAGGAGACCGACCACCUCGUCUCCGUCGGCGACAUGGUCAGCAAGGGGCCCGACUCCCCCGCCGUCGUGGCCCGCCUCAUGCAGCUCAACGCCAGCGCCGUCCGCGGCAACCACGAGGACCGCCUCCUCCUCGCCCGCUCCAACCUCGACGCCAUGCACGGCGUCACCGCCGACCAGGAAACCCCCCACAUGCAGCACCGCAAGGGCAAGUCCGAGGACGUCGCCAUGGCCCGCACCCUCGACAAGGAGCAGCUGGACUGGCUCGCCGCCCUCCCCGUCAUCCUCACCGCCGAGCCCCUCCCCCUCCUCGUCGUGCACGCCGGUCUCGUCCCGGGCGUCGAGCUGGGCAGCCAGGACCCCUGGGCCGUCAUGAACAUGCGCACCCUCGCCUACCCGAGGGAGGAGCUCAGGAAGAAGGCCAUGGAAUCCCCGCGACGCCGCGACACCUCCGAGGUCGACGGUCUGGGCGACAUGGUCUCCGGCGAGGACAAGCUGCAGGGUGAAUAUGAGGCCGUGCGUGAGAACGCGGACCCGUCAAGGGCGACCUUUGACAGGGCCGUUGUCGUCCCUCUGGAAACCAGAACCGGUGAGCAGUGGACAAUUGGUUGGGACCGACACCAGGAAGGACUCAAGGAGGAUCAGCGACGCACAAUCAUUUACGGCCAUGACGCCAAGGAGGGCUUCAAGGAGGGGAAGUAUACCCUGGGCCUCGACUCUGGCUGUGUCAAGGGCAAUUCUCUUACGGCUGCAAUAAUUGAGGCUACAUCGAACACUGCCUUCAAAUACACAACUGUCCAGGUCGCAUGCACCCCACCUUAG